GCCCCACGACACACACACCCGGCUCUGAGUGUGUUAUUGUCAGACACCCCUGUGGUGGUGGGGUCUGUGUGCCCUGGGUGUUGGGGGCUGCCCAGGGCCCUGGUCUGAUUUCCCUGUAGGGUUCAGAUCUCAGCCACACCAGAGUCAGACCGGAGUCACUGCUGGCUCAGGCAGGGGGGUGCGCGGAUGGGCCAAUGGGAUCAGCCUCUUCCUGCCUGUCCCUGGGGGCUGCCGGGGGAGUCCAGGGCAGCUCAAUCUUCAGGUGAUGCCACCAGAGGGCUCCAGGUAUUGCUAAGGGAGAGGGGUUUACACUGCAAUGGGUGGAAAUCUCCCAAAGUGGCCCUUUUGAUUCUUCCCUUCUUUUAGCAUUUGGCUCAGAGAUGCUGUUACUGGGAGGGUCUGAAGAGUCUGGGGGGAAUCGGGGUGUGACAGGACAGAAGCCCCUUCUGUAACCUCCCUCUCGCCCCGACAGGCUGAGGAAUCAGGUCCACGUUUCACUAAAGAUCAGCCAGUCUUCCAGGGGACAGAGAAGGGAAAUGGCUGUGUUGGAACCAGCUCAGAUGCCGGUGACCUUCGAGGAGGUGGCUGUUUAUUUCACCCAGGAGCAGGGGGCUCUGCUGGACCCCGCUCAGAGAGCCCUCUACAGGGAUGUCAUGCAGGAGAACUACGAGACGGUGACCUCGCUGGGAUUUCCCGUUCCCAAACCUGAGCUUAUCGCCCGGCUGGAACGAGGGGAAGAGCUGUGGGUGUCCGAUCUCCAGGAUUUGAAGGACAGAAGGCUUGUGAGAUGCACCAGCACAGGUGCUGAGCGAGGGAGUGAGAACAAGGAGGGGAAUCAUCACGAGGCAGUUCCUGAGGAAGUGGAACCACAGGGGACCUUUUUGGGAAGAGCUGAAGGGAAUUUUUCCCAUUGCUGGAAUCAGGGAGAAGCCUGGGGAAAUUGGCACAGGUCAGAGAGGCUUCUGAUAAACCAGCCCAGGAAGAAAGUGGAUGAAUCUAUUAAUGGUGGGGGAGGAGACGAGAAUCCCAGAGAGCAGCAGACAAAUCCCAAGGAAGAGACACCCUGGCACUGCCUUGAGUGUGGGAAAGGAUUCAUUGUGAGAUCACAACUUGUUACACAUCAGACAGUUCAUACGGGAGAGAAACCAUUUCAGUGUUUGGACAGUGGGGAAAGCUUCAGUAAGCACACAGAUCUUAAUAACCAUGGGAGAAGGCACACUGUAGACAAGCCCAUUCAAUGCGUUGAAUGCGGGAAAUGUUUCAGUUCAAAGUCAGCACUAAAUUCACAUGAGAAAAGCCACACAGGAGAGAGACCCCACAAGUGCUUGGACUGUGGGAAAAGUUUCACAUGGAGGAGGGCGCUUGUUAGACAUCAGAAAAUCCACACAGGAAAGAGACCCCACAAGUGCUUGGACUGUGGGAAAAGUUUCACAUGGAGGUCGGCGCUUGUUAAACAUCAGGUAAUCCACACAGGAGAGAGACCCCACAAGUGCUUGGACUGUGGGAAAAGUUUCACAUGGAGGACGGCGCUUGUUAGACAUCAGAAAAUCCAUACAGGAGAGAGACCCCACAAGUGCUUGGACUGUGGGAAAAGUUUCAUAUGCAAGGCAGAUCUUGCUCAUCAUCAGGCAAUCCACACAGGAGAGAGACCCCACAAGUGCUUGGACUGUGGGAAAAGAUUCAUACAAAGGUCACGCCUCGUUCUACAUCAGGCAAUCCACACAGGAGAGAGACCCCACAAAUGCUUAGAUUGUGGGAAAAGUUUCAAAAGAAAGUCAUACCUUGUUCAUCAUCAGGCAGUCCACACAGGAGAGAGACCCCACAAGUGCUUGGAUUGUGGGAAAAGUUUCAUAAGAAAGCCAAACCUUAUUCAACAUCAGGCAAUCCACACAGGAGAGAGAGCCCACAAGUGCUUUGACUGUGGGAAAAGUUUCAUGCAGAGGUCACACCUUGUUCAACAUCAGGCAAUCCACAAAGGAGAGAGACCCCACAAGUGCUUGGACUGUGGGAAAAGUUUCAAGCAUAGGUCAUACCUUGUUAAUCAUCAGGCAAUCCACAAAGGAGAGAGACCCCACAAGUGCUUGGACUGUGGGAAAAGUUUCAUGCUGAGGUCACACCUUGUUCAUCAUCAGGCAAUCCACAAAGGAGAGAGACCCCACAAGUGCUUGGAUUGUGGGAAAAGUUUCAUAAGAAAGUCACACCUUGUUCAACAUCAGGCAGUCCACACAGGAGAGAGACCCCACAAGUGCUUGGACUGUGGGAAAAGUUUCACAUGGAGACCGGCGCUGGUGAAGCAUCAGAGAAUCCACACAGGAGAGUGACUCUAUAAGUGCUUGGACUGUGGGAAAAGUUUCACAUGGAGAUCAGAUCUCGUUCAACAUGGAAGAAUCUACACAAGAGAGAGACCCCCACAAGAGCUUAGACUGUGGGAAAAGUUUCAGACACAGAUCAUACCUCAUUAAAAAUGGGAGAAUCCACACAGGAUGGACGUGGUCCACUCCCAAUGACUGAUGAGGAGGGGUCAAUACCAACAAAGGGAAAAUUGCUUUUGUAGUGAGCCAGCCACUCCCAGUCCCUAUUCAGGCCCAAAUUGAUGGUGUUAAGUGUGCAAAUGAAUUGUAGCUCUGGAGUUUCUCUCUGAAGUCAGUUUUUGAAGUUUUUUGGUUGAAGGAUGGCUACCUUUAAAUCUGUUAUUGAAUGUCCAAGGAGAUUGAAAUAUUCUGCUACUGGCUUUUGUAUGUUACCAUUCCUGAUGUCAUAUUUGUGUCCAUUUAUUCUUUGACAUAGAGACUGUCCGGUUUGGCCAAUGUACGUGGCAGAGGGGCAUUGCUGGCCCAUGAUGGCUGUUACGAAUUACACCUGGUAGGACACGCACACAUGUGCUACGAAUUACACCUGAUAGGACACGCACACAAGUGCUACGAAUUACACCUGGUAGGACACGCACACAAGUGCUACGAAUUACACCCUGUAGGACACGCACACAAGUGCUACGAAUUACACCUUGUAGGACACGCACACAAGUGCUGCGAAUUAUACCUGAUAGGACACGCACAGUUCGAAUCUAGGCUGAGGCACAGAAAUAAAGUCCACAACUGCAGAGUUCCCAAAAGACACUAAGUUUAUUACGCUCGAGCGUGGUGCCCCCCUGCUAGCCAGGAGGGGACCCUGAAUACAGAUUAUACAAAGGUUAUAUACUUUUUAGCAAAGCAUGUUGCCCUCGUGCAUCGGAAACCUUAGCCAAUAAACAAACCCUUGUCUUAUCUACCACCUAUCCCUGCUUGGUGCAUUCCUCGUGCUAUACCAGUAUGUUAAUUACACAGCAUGGUCCUAAAGCCAUGCAUCAGUAACUUUUAUUAUCAGGAUGGGAGGCCUCACAUCAAGGCCAAGAGACAGGGAGUUAGAGACUGACAAAAACCAGAUACUGCAAAUCAAGGCAGGCUGGAGACAAGGAGGAGGAUUUUCACACGGAUUCGGUAUCUAAGGAUUACUCCUCCUGGUGUAUGAUGUGCUGGCAUUUAGACAAUGGUGGGCCCCAAACCAAAAUGGAGUCACAUGUGCUAACUUUUCCUUAACAUGGCAUACAUCACAUUGGUAGAUGUGCACGUGAAUGUGCCCCUGAUGGCGUGGCUGAUAUGGUUAGGUCCUAUGAUGGUGUCGCUAGAGUAGAUAUGGGGAUAGAUUUGGCAAUGGGAUUUGUUGCAGGGAUUGGUUCCUGGGGUAGUGUUUCUGUGGUGUGGUGCUGGUGAGUAUUUGCUUCAGAUUGGGAGCUGUCUUUAAGCGAGGACUGUCCUGCCUCCCAUGGUCUGUGAGAACGAGGAAUUGUUUUCCAGGAUAGGUUGUAGAUCGUUGAUGAUGUGCUGGAGAGGUUUUAGCUGGGGACUGUACAUGAUGGCCAGUGGUGUUCUGUUAUUUCCCUUGUUGGGCCUGUCCUGUAGAAGGUGACUUCUGGGUCUCCAUCUUGCUUUGUCAGUCUGUUUCCUCACUUCCCCAGGUGAAUACUGUAGUUUUAAGAAUGCUUGAUAAAGAUCUUGUAGAUGUUUGUCUCUGCCUGAGGGAUUGGAGCAAAUGCGCUUGUAUCUUGGGGCAUGGCUGUAGACAAUGGAUCGUCUGAUGUGUCCCGGAUGGAAGCUGGAGGCAUGUAGGUAAGUAUAGAGGUCAGUAGGUUUCCAGUAUAGGGUGGUAUUUAUGUGACCAUCACGAAUUUGUACUAUAGUGUCCAGGAUCUCUUGUGUGGACUGGUGCAGGCUGAGGUCGAUGCUGGGGGGGAAAUUGUUGAAAUCCUGGCAGAAUUCUUCAAGGGCCUCCUUCCCAUGGGUCCAUAUGAUGAAGAUGUCAUCAAUGUAGCGCAAAUAGAGGAGGGGGCGCUAGGGGACGAGAGCUGAGGAAGCGUUGUUCUAAGUCAGCCAUAAAGAUGUUGGCAUGCUGUGGGGCCAUGCGGGUACCCAUAGCAGUCCUGCUGACUUGAAAGUAUAAAUUGUCCCCAGAUCUGAAAUGGUUGUGGGUGAGGACAAAGUCAGAAAGCUCAGCCAUCAGGUGUGCCGUGGCCUCAUCAGGGAUAAUGUUCCUGACAGCUUGUAGCCCAUCAUUGUGUGGAAUAUUGGUGUAAGAUCACCAAUAGGUUGUUGUUGUCUCAGGAAGUCGGUGGUGUCUCGAAGAUAGCUGGGAGUGCUGUUAGCAUAGGGUCUGAGGAGAGAGUCCACAUCGCCAGAUAAUCCUGCUGUAAGAAUGCCGAUGCCUGAGAUGAUGGGGCAUCCAGGAUUUCCAGGUUUAUGGAUCUUGGGUAGCAGAUAGAAUACCCCUGGUCGGGACUCUAGGGGCUUGUCUGUGUAGAUUUGUUCCCGUGCUGUAGCAGGGAGUUUCUUGAGCAGCGUAGUUUCUUUUGGUACUCCUCAGUGGGAUCGGAGGACAGUGGCCUGUAGAAUGUGGUGUUGGAAGGUUUCCUGGCAGCCUCCUGUUCAUAAUCCAACCUGUUCAUGAUGACUACAGCACCUCCUUUGUCAGCCCCUUUGAUUAGAAUGUCAGGGGUGUUCCUGAGGCCGUGGAUGGCGUUGUGUUCUGUAUGGCUGAGGUUAUGGGGUGUGCGGACAAUUUCUCAGGCCUAAACUUGAUCUAUAGAGAGGAAAGCUUAUUAUAUGGAAAUGCUGUAAUGCAAGAAACCUACAGGCCUGUGUCCUGUAUGACUUAGGCCAGCAUAGUAAAGUGCAGUAGGCCUGUGUCUGUUGACACAGAUAAUCAGUUAAGCCACUUUGGGUAUGUGGGAAGGGGCUGGAAGGGGGGCUGAGGGGGCCCAAGCAGUGUCCGAAAGAUCCCCAACUGUAUGUUAUUGCACCAGCCAGCUCUGUAAAAACCCCCAGCUGCAAUAUUGUGCUUGGUAACUGCAGAUUUCGUUCACGCUGAUAAACAACUUUGCUGUACUAAUAUGGAGUUGUUUUCCUAUAUUCCUUAUAAGGCAUUAUUAAUGAGGCUUGAGUGUUUUUGUUGUUUAUUGAUUUUAUGUACGAUAUGGGGAGUGGGUUAAUUUUUUAUGUUUUUGUUUUUAAAGACUGUUGGUGUGCCAAUUGUAAUACCAGUUUUUUUAAUUGAAGGAUUUGGCCAAUGAAAUUCUUUUUUGUUUUACUUAAGCAAAUGUAUUAGACUUUAGUAUAUUAUAUUUUUUUGAUAUUAAACACUUUGUACUUUAAGUUGAAUAAAACAAACAUUUGCCUUUUGAUUUAACUUUUUUAUUUGAUUUUGAAGUAGACUGUUUUAUGAAAAUAUUACACAUAACGAUUUUGGCCCAGCCAACGAGAGGAGGGCUUGCAGAGAGAGCCAAUGGAAAGAAGACUUGAUGGAGCAGCCAAUAAGGGCCAGUGAGAGCCAUAUAAAAAGGACUGUUCAGGAGAGCAGGGAGCAGUCUCUUUCUCCAGCCUGAGGGAAAAGGACUAGCUGUCUAUAAAGGGAAGUGUGAGGGGAAGAGCAGUGCGGGGUGGGGUCAGGAGAGCAAGUGGAGCUCCAGCCUGACUGCCCGCCAGACUGAAGCCCCGAUAGGGGGCAGGGAAGGUGCUGGGGCUAUGGGGAAGUGGCCCAGGGAUAAAGAGGUAAGCACCAGAACUUGGAGGAGAGGCAGUAAGUGCUGGUCCUAGAGGGUCCUGGGGGUGGAGCCCAGAAAAGCAAGUGGGUCUGUCCCACUUGCUGCAAAAGAGUGGCCCAUCCAAGAACUGCAGUUUGCCCCUGAGGGAAGGGCUACACUAGGGGCUGCAGUCUGUCACCACAGCAAGAAGCUGGGAGCAAGGACAAAGGUUAUGUCCCCUGUAUGACGUCAUCUGAUUAAAAUAUGAACAUAUAGAUCAUUUUUGCAACCACUGUUCUAUGUUUGCAACAAACCUGUGCAAAAGUGGUCUCGUGAGGUGCCUAGGGAAACGAUAUCAAUACCUGGGUAUGAUUAUGCUAUUGGUAUGCAUGUGUUAUUUUUGUAUUUGAAAUUAUGAGUAUUGGCUACAUGUAUUUCUAUGAGUUUAAUUCUGAAUAGCACCAGUGAAGCAGUUGGCCAGCAUAUUGUGAAGGGACUAUUCAAAUUGAGUGGCCCAUCAAGAAGUACAUGGCUGACAAUGGGCCUUUGGAGACCCCAAUCCACAUCUGAUGAGCCUUAGAAUCAUAGAAUCCCAGGGUUGGAAGGGACCUCAGGAGGUCAUCUAGUCCAACCCCCUGCUCAAAGUAGAACCAAUCCACAAUUUUUGCCCCAGAUCCCAAAUGGCCCCUCAAGGAUUGAACUCACAACCCUGGGUUUAGCAGGCCAAUGCACAAACCACUGAGCUGUCCCUUCCCAGCCUUCCUGGGAACAUUUAAACUCGCCUGUGGGCAAUGGCUUCUACCUGUAAAGAACUGAGUCAUGCAUGGAUGGGUGAUUUGCCCAUGUGGUGGCUCAUGUGACUGGACACCAUCUUGUUACUGUUCUUUUCCACAGUAAGAACAAUGGGAUUCCCUCCACAUGGCAAAAGAAGAUACAAAAGGCCCUGGAAACAUCUCCAUCUUGCCUCUUUCCUCCUCCAGCUUCUCUGCUGCUCAAACCUCUGGACUAUGCACUUAUCCCAAGGGGAGUGUUCCAACCAGGGAACAGAGGUCCUUCUAAUGAUUAGGAAGUAACCAGAAACUUGACUUAAGCCAGCAGUUUAUUCCAUCACUGCUAUAAGCCUGAAUCAAGAGUUUUGUGAUUAUUGUAUGUAUUUGAGUCCUUGGACCAAUUUUAACUCUUACCUUUCUUUUUAUUAAUAAACCUUUAAAUUUUAGAUACUAAAGGAUUAGCAACCGCAUGA